UAGAUAUAUUAAAUUCUGCCAACCCAGCAGAUUAUUCUGAGACUUUGUGUUGACAUUGUGUGUAGCUCUAGCUCUUUCUGGGAAUUAUGAGUGGAUUACCACAAGAAGAGGACAGCAGUGCUCAGCUGAACCAGAUAAAGAAGGAGUACAAUGAACUCAGGGAGAAGUACAAGGAUCUGCAGGACGCUCGGCUAAAAGUGAGGAAGCUGGAGUCUUCGUGUAAGGGCAUGGGCUCAGGACUGCAGGGCAGACUAGAGCAACUGCAACAGCACUCAAACAAUGUAGAGGUUACCGAGGAGGGCAGACAGAUAAAUCUGGGUAUCCAUGAGAUGCACUGCACCAUCCCAGUGGCCCCCAAUACCCUGUUCCUCAGAAUGAUCAUCGGCGACAUCCCAGUUAUACUGCCCAACAGAGAAGAUAAGGUGACGUACAAGCAGCAGUACGAAAAGUUCAAGAUGGUGAACGUUGUAUUGAUGCUUGUACUGGGAGUCUCUGGAUUCAUCUUCUCUGAUUUCUUAUGGCCGACCUCCCUCGUCCACAUUUUGUCUGUGUGGUACUACUUCACUGUCACCAUUCGUGAGCUCAUACUAAUCCACAAUGGAUCCAGGAUCAAGCCAUGGUGGUUGAUUCACCACUACUGCAGUAUCGCCAUUGCUGCCCUGCUCCUCAUGUGGCCCCCUGGAGAGUGUUACAGUAUGUUUAGGAGCCAGUUCCUACUCUUCACUUGUGUACUGGCCAUGGUGAUGUUGAUUCAGUUCCGCUACCAAAGAGCCAAACUCUACAGACAAGUUGCUAUGGGAGAGAAGCAUCACAUGACAGUCAGCAAUCACAUGAAGUUGUCUGACAUUAGGUUCCUCCUGGGAGGUCUGGUGGUCGUAUACCUCUUCCAGUUCUACAAUGGCUUGUUUCUCCUCAAACUCUACACAACUACUGACUGUCCACACUGGCAGGUGCUAGUGUUGGGAGUACUCUUCAUUGUGGUUGCUUCUUUAAACGGAUCAACUCUCUCCAAUGUCAUCUACGGGAAAUCCAAAAAGAUCAUGAAAAAAAGACUAUCUGAGAGUUUCAAGUCAUUUUGAAUUUUAGGAUAAAACGAUUUGACAACUUUUUGUGUAUAAUCAAAUUGUUUGAAAGGACUGGCAGUAAAACAAAUAAUCAUGA